AUGUCUGAAGAAACAAUUUCAAACACAACAAUUAAAAUUGAAACCAUCGAAUAUCCUCCAGUAAAACAAGAAAUUGAUAAUAAUAAAAGAAUACCAGAAAUAUGUCUAGAAGAUGCAGAAAUAAAUGUGCAGCAAUUUUUAAAGUGUGAGGUGACAAUAGACAAAGAAAUAAAGCUAGAACCUAUCGAUAAACAAAAUGUAGACACUAGCAUAAAUGAAGAAAUUUUAGAUCAAACCAUCAGUAAUUCGAAACAGCAACAUAAAACAAAAAACGACUUAACACUACAUGAAACUGUUCAUACCGAAGAACCUUAUAAAUGUGCAACAUGCGAUAAAACUUUCAAAACAAGAGAAUCAUUAAACCGGCAUGAAUUGAUUCACACCGGACAACGACCUUAUAAAUGUGAGAUAUGUUAUAAUACAUUCGUUCGAAAAGAAACAUUAAAGAUGCACAUGCUAAUUCAUACUGCAGAACAGCCUUAUGAAUGCAAAAUUUGCAAAAAAACAUUCAAAACAAAAUAUAAUGUAAAACGGCAUGAAGGAACUCAUACUGGAGAGCGGCCUCAUAAAUGUGCAAUUUGCAACAAAGAAUUCGCUGCAAAACACUCUUUAAACCAUCACAUAAUAAUACAUACAGGAGAACACCCUUACAAUUGCGAUACAUGCAAUGAGGGUUUCUUUACAAAAGGAGCUUUAUAUCAACAUUAUUUUUCACAUACCGGAGUCUUAUUAGAACGUCCUUACAAAUGUGAGAUAUGCAAUAAAGGAUUUGUGGAAUCAAGAUAUUUAAAACAACAUUCAUCAUCAGUGCACAACAAUGGAGAACGACUUUUCAAAUGUGAAAUAUGCAACCAAACAUUCAAAACAGCACGAUCAUUAAACCGACAUGACAUUAACAAUAGUGAAGAUCGUCCAUAUAAUUGUGAAAUAUGCAAUCAAACAUUUGAUAGUAAAUGUUCAUUAAAAGUACAUAUAAAAAUUCAUAAGCCAACUGCCCCAAGAAAGGAUAUGUGCCACGAUCUACAAAGCAUUUGUAAUAGGGGUGAUAUGUAUAUAAAAAUGUGA